AUGUCAAGUGAUCGGAACGAAACGAGCGGCCAUGUGGAGCUCGUCACUCUGACGUACACCGGCCCUGUCCCUAAGCCGCACCCGCCAUGUGAUCUACCCACACCGGACGAGCAAUUUCGCCAGUACAGAGCGCAGAAGCAUCAACAAUUGGACGAGCGCGAGGAGAAACAACAGCAGAAGUCUGCGACAGAAAACACAACAUCGCAAUCUGAGAGCGCCCCUCCUGCGUCUGAUGUCGCUGGUUUCUUUUCUAGUGCCGCUUCGAACUUCCGCAACAUUGCGCAGCAAGUGGCACUAAAAGUGGAGCGCGCGAGCGCUGAAGUGACAGAAGCCACCGAAAAGGGAGUGCGGCAGCUUGAGCGGCAGCUUAAUCUUGACCGCUUCAAAUCCAACUUCCCGGAGCUGAGUGCAAUGGGUGAAGUGCUGUUGGCCGACUACGCGUGUGCCGCAAUGCACGCCGGGCUGCGCGUCAAUGGGCACCUGCACAUCACCAAGAAUUACCUCUGCUUCAGUGCUCAGACUUCCUCCGCGCUCGCCCAGGCAACCAGUGCGGUGCUGAAGGAAACAGGUCUUUCUAAUGAGAAGAACGCACCUGUCAGCAUUCACCAGAUCAUACCUUUCACUGAAAUCGCCAGCAUUCAACUGUCUGUCGCCCUUGACACAGUAGACCAGGGACCGCCGUUUUUCCUCCCACUGCCAGCGCCGAACGUGCUGUGCACGAGCUUGCAGUUGUACACGACAAAACAACAGCUGUUCCAAUUCCUUGGAUUCGAAAGCAUUGCGGCAACUGCAGGGGCUGCUCUCUCGGAUGCUGUGAAGGGUAAUUCCAUUGAUCGCGCGUACAACUACCUGGACCAUGCGUGGCGGGCUGCAACUACUGUGCCACUUCAGGGUGUGAAGUACGCUAAUUGA